CCGUUGGCAGUCGGCUAAACAACAACGAUAUUUAUGUAUUUUAUAUCUCAGUUUUAAAAUAUUUUCGAAAAAAAAUAUAAUAAAGAUAUUAUUUGUGAAACUAAAAAAAUAAGAAUUUAAAAAUCUUUUAAAAUGAAAUGUUGCUGUUGCAGUGGUUAUACUUUUGGCAUUAUCCUUGGUUCCAUUAAUCUUGUCUUCAGCUUAUUAGGCUUUAUUUUACAAUGUUUGUUUUUCAACGCCUAUAAAGAAAUUGCGGAUCCUGAACGUAGAAAAGAUGCUAAAACUGAUGCUAUCCUGACCUUGGUCGUAACUGCCUUGACUGCCCUUAUAUCUGGUUUAUUCAUUUUUGCCAUUGUCAAGAGAAAAUACAAAUUGAUGUUGGCCUGGCUGGUACUUUGUGUUUGCAAUUUGGCUCUCAGUAUAAAAUUAUUAAUUUUUGCGAUCAUUGAUUCCACCAAGGGUAAAACUAAAGGAGAAGAAACUGCCGUUACAAUUGUCAUCAGUUUGAUAAUAAGUGCUAUUCAAUUUGGUAUCUACUGGUUCAGUUAUAAAUUGUACAAGGAAAUGAAACAGGAAUAUGGUAGAAAACCGGGAAGUGCAUCGGUGGAUUAUUAAAACCGUUUGUCCUGAUUAAAAUUUUAUUAAAGAUGAAGGUUAUUCUCUGAAUUGAAGUAUCUUAUUCGUAAAAAAUAAACAAAUAUUUAUAUAGUAGAACACAAAUUAUGAAUUUGAUCUAUAAAUUUUUUUUAAAUUAUUAUGAAUAAGUUCCAUGAUAAUUAAAUAUUUUUGAAUAUUGUAUUAUAACAAUUAUAUAUAACAUUUAUUAUUAUAUACUUAAUAGUAGUCUACUCAGGAUGCAAAAUUUUACUAAUAAUAAUAAGAAAGUAUUCUUAAAAUAAAUAAAUAAUAUAAUU